UUGAAAACGCACUCUCCUGUAGACAGUUCGUAUGUGUGUGUGUGUUCGAUGAUGCGAAGAGGCCUUUUGUUUCAUUAGCGCUCAACGCCUCCAAGAGUUCGUACGAAUUCAAACGGUUUUGCUGUGUCCGGCCGAUCGUGAAGUUCGGCAAGCCGUUGGCGUGUGAAACAGCUGUGUAUAUUUUUGUAGCGCCUUUUUGUGCCGUGUUGUUUGUGCUACCUUUACUUCUCUCAUAGUCGAAGAAACUUCUCUAAACCUACUGAAAAUGUCCCGCAUUAUGAGAAUUGAUGAGAACCAGGUAGCAGGAAACCUGCAUGAAGGUGGAAUGAAGAAAGUGGUUGCUGCCAGACGCCCUGUGUUGGGAGAGCUUGGCAACAAGGUGCUGCGCAAUGCUUCCCAGGACCUGCUCGGCAAAGGUGUGGAGAAGGGAGCUGCGCUGAAGAAUGCCAACCCGACGCUGAAGAAUAUUAAGCCACGCGUGGACACUCGAUGGCGAAAGGCGGAUACUGCUGCGGCGGCAGUUGUUGUUCCCAAAAAAGUAGUCACCCGAUCCGAUUCGCAAAAGGCUGCGGUAGAGCCUAAACCGUCUGCCAAUGUGGAUGCUGUAAAGGUGCACGUCCAACUGAACAAAGGAAACGAGGUAAAGCAUGUAACGUUAAAGCGUGAAGACAGUCAGCUGUCGCUGCGGACAUUGGCGAAGCAAAAUCGUAAGGCUCAACCGAAAAACGCUCCUAGCAGCGGUACCUCAUCAUCGGACGAACAUGAAAUAAUAUCAAUCUCUAAGAAACCCGAAAGAGUGGAGGCCCAUUCGCAAAAGCUGUUGGAAAACAUCGAAAACAUCGAUGCGAAUGAUGGCUGGAAUCCGAUGUUGGUGGCGGAGUACGUGAACGACAUUUACAACUAUUUGAACGAGUUAGAGAGCAGGCCAGGAUAUGCGCUGUGCGAGAACUUCUUGGAUGGUCAUAAAGAGAUUACACAUAAGAUGCGAACGAUUCUGAUCGAUUGGAUCAAUGAAGUGCAUUAUCAGUUCAAACUGGACAUCGACACUUACCACAUGACAGUGUCGCUCAUCGACCGUUAUCUGCAGACGAUGAAGACUGUUCCGAAGAAGAAGCUACAGCUGGUAGGCGUGACGGCGAUGUUCAUUGCAUCCAAAUACGAGGAACUGUUUCCACCAGAGAUACAAGAUUUUGUGUACAUAACCGACGACACAUACCAGAAGUAUCAGAUUCUCGAGAUGGAAAAGGAAAUGGUGAGAACGUUGGACUUCAAUCUGGGAAAACCUCUUCCUACCCAUUUCCUGCGUCGGUUUUCGAAGGCAGCGAAGGCGUCGGACGUAAAUCAUGUGCUGGCAAAGUAUCUUAUUGAGCUUGCCAGUGUGGAUUACAGUACCGCGCAUUACAAACCAUCGGAGAUUGCGGCAGCUGCGUUGUACAUAUCGUUGUAUCUGUUUCCACUAACAUCCAACGGCGGGAACGGUACGAGUGCAAUAAUCUGGACUAAAACACUGGAGCAUUACACGCACUACAAUGUAAAGUACUUGGCGCCAAUUGUGCAGCGGCUCGCAAACGUGAUCAAGGCUGUUCCCAAAAUGAUGGAUAAGAAGGUUAAAUAUCCUUGGUUGAAGUACUCCUCGUCUAAAUUUCAAUGCAUUUCGACGCAUCCUAAACUAAAAGGAUCAGAAAUCGAGGAGUUGCUCAACAAUGAGCUACGUUGUUAGAGGCCAUAAUUAAUUGUUUUGACUAUGUAUGACUUAGCAGUGCUUGUCACUUCGUAGGAAAAUAGUUAAUUUUUUAAAUUAAUGUUCAAAAGAAUGACUGACAAAGCUGCAGGCCAAGACGAAAA